CCCUGCCGUGCUAAGAUCCGUGGCAGUGAGGUUAACACGAUGCACGGGAUUUCUGUGCUCUAUCUCGCCAUCCUCUUCUUCUUGGCAGAGGGUCAGUGCUCGAAGUUAGACGGCCAUCAUCACCAUCAUGGCCAUCACGACCAUCAUCACGACCAUCAUAACGACCAUUCCACUAAUGAUAAAAACCACCGGGAUUUCGUCUUGAAUGAGGAUAUCUUCGCACGAGCCCUGGCAGCAGAAGUGCAAAAUGGAUUGUUUUCACCUCUUCCAGAAAGAACAAGCAACCAACGCUUCACAACAGAACCACCCAGCAGCAGAGGGUCCACCAAGUUCAGAAUGCCAACAACGUUGUUUUCCAAUUCCAGUCCAGUGACACAAAGAACCACUCCGAUCAAUAGUCAGAAGACUACUUCAAGUGACUCACGAAGAACGUCUCAUGUGUCUCAGAAAACAACGCAAGCUUUCCAAAAAAGCGUGCUUCGAGUUGAAAAUAACCAAGAAAUUCUCACUCCAAUCACGUCACUGGCAUCGCCAGCACACACGCAGAAGAGCGGAAAUUCUUUGAGGAAUGCGAAAAAUGCGAUUAAACAGAAUACAUUCCCUGCAGAAACAACUACCGAAAUCAACGAUCCAACAGGAUUUGCUCCAAGAGCUCCUCCUAAAACUGCUAAGCAGUUCGAUCCUUUCUCCCCAAACGCAAAUGCUGCAAAGCAACAGCUGGCAAAGUUUCAAAUCAGACCUAAAAAUCCCGCUCCUGACACUUCAGGAUUUGCUCCAAGAACACCACCUCCACAUGCAAAGAAGUUCAACCCAGUACCAGCGAAAAAGUCAGGGUUUGAAUUCAAAAAGUCGCAAUCAUCGCCUUCAGUUGCCAAAGAAAUAAAAGGAUUUGUCCCUGUAUCUCCUCCGCCUACGGCUCCUCAGUUUAAUCCUGUACCGGGAACAUCCAAUACGGCAGUCUUUAAUCUCUUCACGACUGUGGGCUUCAAAACGAACGAAUUUACGACUUUUGCGCCUUUUGACCUCACUGAUCCGUCCUAUGACACCGAUUAUGAGUCAAACUUCGACAGUACCGCAGAUUAUGACUACACCGAUCAAAACAGUGUAGGUAAAGCUUUAUUAGACACACGUAGUUCUUUUUCAGCAACCACAGCCAACUCAGUUUUGGAAACCGAAGAUUACCCAACAAAUUUGGAUUUAAAUGUCGGUGUUCCUUUACCUACAGCCAACGUGGGUCUGGACAACAACCGUGUUAACACACAGAGUCAGAUUAAUGUUCUUGGGGCUCUCAGUUCCUCAGGAAACAUUUUGAAUUCUCCCAAGUAUAAUAUAAAUCACGAAAAUCAUGUUCCCGAUGACACUCAUUCCACUCGUCAUGUUUCAACGUCCUCUCGAGUCGAGCAAACGACAGUACCUGCAUUCGACACCACGAGUCGUCCGAUCAGCUCUGCCCAACGGACAAACAGAGUGAACAAUUCUGGUACUGCUGUCAGUGGUCCUUCGGCCCCAGCGGCCUCGCAAGGUCUUAACGGCAGAUCCUCUAUCACAGAACAGCUCACUCAGUUUGCUCGAGGAAGCAACACUGUUGUUCAAACGAACCCACCAGCGUCCGAUGUAAGCUUACCAAUCGAAGGGAGAGCAAACUUCGAAAUAGGGGUGCCACUCCCGGCCAUUUCUGACACCGGUAUUGCACUGCAGCAGUUGGACAACAGGCUACUUCCAUCCAGGAAUGACUUGGCCGUAGGCAGACAGCUUGGGCCACAAGCGGGAUUCAAUCCCUUCGACGGAGAAUAUCCUGAGUACGCAUCCGUUCCUGCGACGUCCUUCCGUUGCGAAAACCAGCGCUACAGCGGAUACUUCGCAGAUCCUGAGACACAGUGCCAAGUGUUCCACAUUUGCCUCAACUCGCGGAACCUUGGAUCCUUCUUGUGUCCUAACGGAACUUUGUUCCACCAGCAGUUCUUCGUGUGUGACUGGUGGUACAACGUGCGAUGCGAAGAAGCUGUCUCAAGCUACGACCUCAACAGCCUCAUCGGGGACCAAGAUAAUCCGGAAGCUGGAGGGAUUUUCGGAACCCAACUCAGGAAUGUCGAUAACACGAGGAGGCGAACUCUAGACGAUGUCGAUGAAGACGAUUACGAUAGAGAUACUGACGACGAUCUGGCUCUCUUGAAUAACGAUACGCAUGAGAAUGAAUAACCGAGCGUAGCAAUUAGAUCUAGUUGAGGCUUUAGCUAAUAUUUUUAAGUGUGGUGGAUUCAUAAUCAAUUCAUGUGAAUUACAGUAGCCGCAAUCACAUGUGACCAUUAUUGCAAUUGCUUUUUGAUUGUGAAUUUAUUUCUUCAUUUACAAAAUUUUAAAUAAUGUUCCUAGUGCAUCCAUUUCCAUUAUAAUAUUUGAACACCGUGACUCACCCUCUCAAGCCGAUCUAUUGUUAAUGAUUAAGAAUUGCAACUCUCUUGCGUUGGAUAUGACCUAAACACCUAAGCCUAACAAUGUUAAAUUUCAAUUCAAUUCAAUUACGGGAAAUUCGCACACUUCAUACAAAUUUUAUUUCAUGCAUAAAAAUUAUGCAUUAUAGUUUCUGGCAUCAAAUAUAUAGGGAGUGCAUUAACUUUUGGAGAGUAUCUGACCAAUAAGUUUGUAUUUUAUAUGGAAUUGAAUUGGGGUGCGUGCUGACUGCCGAUCAAAACUUUAGACCGGUCAGUCACACUGCAUGAAAAAUGUUAACUGGCGAAAAAAAUAAAAGUUCACGUUGCACACUUAAAAAAGUUCAAUUAAUAGGUAUAUAUUCAUGUUCAUGAAUCUCACUCAGCCAGAGAUCGCACAGGUGACUUCAAUCGUCAGCAACAAUCUCUGUAAUUCUAUCCCCCAAUGCAAAAAAUUAAUUUCAUUUGAAAGUCACAUAAAGAACAGGAUGUGGCGGCCUUCAGCUUCAUAAUAAGGCAGACUGUAAAUUAAGUUCAGUUUCGAUGCCCGAGUCCCGACCGAUUACGCUGCGGCAUAACAGGCGUGGGGAGAGACGCUCUUCAUUUCGAUGCGUCACGCAUGCAACGGCUACACAAAAAAUGCUUUUUAUAACCAAAUUUUCAUUUUUUUGUAUAUUUCGACCUCAGAUUUUAUAUUGUGACAAAAAAUCGUGGAUUUUUAAUACCAAAUUUUAAUUUUUUCGUAUAUUGCGACCACCCAUUUUAUAUUGAGAUUUUUGAACUAAUCUGAUUCGAUUACUUUCAAUUGACUGGAAGCUUGCAUUGAUCAAUAUAUAUCCAUAUCUACUGCAUUUUUGUGAUAUAUUUACAGGGAUAUUUUCACUCGAACGUCAUUCCUAUUGCGGCUUUCUAUGUCUAUUUUAUCACUAUAAGCAAAGAGAAAGAGCUUCUGAGGAACUUUUACGUUCGUUGCUUGUCGAUUGUCUUAAUAACACGAGUAGAACACGUACGCCUCAAGAGGAGGGUAACAUUUAUUUUCAUUAAAACUUUCUAAAAUAUUGUGAGCAAUAAUUUAAACUCAUCAUUACUUCUUUAGAUUACUUUUCUUAGAGGGAUUUCCAGCACCAUGUUCAAAUACGAAACGUAUUCGGUUCAAUAAAAGAUUUUUCGAAUUAAAACGCGGCAUAAAUUAGUACCCGGGCCUAUCCGUGCUACAACAUUUCUUUGAUAAUUCGAUUGGUGCUAAAAUGCCGAUAGCUGAGAUAUUAAAGAGUUCCCGUGAAAACCCACCGAAUAAACAAAACAUCAUUUAGAAUGUUUAAAAAUCGUUUUCUUCCGACCAUCGUUGAACAAAAUACAAACGUCCUUGACUGAACUUUGCAACAUAACUAAAUCUUAUUUAUGAUUUUUAACGUCAGCAGAUAUAUUUUCGAAAUGCCUCGUACGCUGUAGCUACUGAGUUCACAGCAUUUUGGACUAUAAAUAGAGCUUUAUAUAUCAUAUGCCUUGACGUGUUUGUAAAUACCGAAAUAUAGCUUUUGUGACAA